UGACGUUUCUCAUUUGUUUAGGUGCGGUGCGAGGCGUCCAGCUGCGGUGUUUUCUGUGUUGCACGAAAAAUCUUCCUAAAUUUUGUAGAAUUUCCCCAUAAAAAUGAACCAGGAACCGGUCAAUACCGCCCUGUCGCAGCUGCGGAUGCUGCGCUCCAGCGUUGGGCAAGUUUUCGAAAUCCUCGGCAACGGCGUCCGCGCCGAACACGGCGAAGAAGGAAGGGAGCAAAAGUUCAUCCAGGAACUGCAGGAGCUUCUCGCAGUGGUCAACGGCAAUCUGCGUGAGUUCGAGACGGGAAUCAGCGAUCUGACACCGCCACAGGCCCCCUUCAAUUUGGCCAACACAGCGUACCUGUCGUUGGAAACGAACCUCGAACGGCAAGCGCUCUAUCCGCAUCUGGUGCAGAGCUACAAGUGGCACGACAAGCUGCACGAGUACAGUACCUUCGCGUCGGUGCUGCUGCAGCAGAAUUCCUUGAAACGAUCCUACUAUACCAACACCAAGCGAAGGCGUUCGCUUCCUUCGAGCCAUCUGGCCACGCCACAAACCGUCGACAACCUCAUUGGAAGCAUCCACUUCCCCAACAUGAAUCUGAAGAUCGUUCGGCCUUUCAUGACCAACGCAAUCCUACACAUUACAAUUGCGCGGGUCCUCCGAGCGGCCGUCAUCCUGAAGGGACUCUUAAUCGAGUGGGUCACCGUCAAGGGUUACGAUGAAUCCCUGCUGGAUGGGGUCGACGAACACUGGACGGUAUCCCGCCAUCAGGUGUUCCGCAAAGUGCAAGACCACGCCCACUCGGCUAUGUUGCACUUCUUUUCGCCCACGCUGCCGGAUUUGGCCAUUCGGAGUUUUAUUACAUGGUUCCGCAGUUAUUUGACGCUCUUUGCCGAUCCGUGCAAAAAAUGUGGAAAACAUCUGCAUAAUACACUGCCACCCACGUGGAGGGAUCUCCGGACGCUGGAGCCCUACCAUGAAGAGUGCAAACAAUGAUAGAAGCGUAAGUUUAUUCUUUCCUCAUUAUUUUUUCUAAGUUUACACAAUCCUUUAUCAAACAAAAUUUUUUUAUGCCAGAAUAACUAUAAACUAUACUCUAAGAA